AUGCGAGCGAAUCAAGAAAAGCUGGCAGAAAAAGAUGAUUUUAGAAUGGACCAUCAUUCGUUUCCAUUGCAAACUUUAGAAACAAAAAAGAGGCCCAUUAUAGGAGGACGGCGGCAUUUUGCAGUGAAGGAAGACAUAAGUUCAGACUCCGAUGAAGAGGAAGAUGCAUUUCUUGCGAACGAGCGUCAAAAUAUCAGCAAUUCAGGGAGAAACCAGCAGCCCUUUCCAGAGACGAGUAAGUCUGGAUUAGAAGCUGAAAUUGGACGACGCCAAGAUUACGCGUUGGAAACGGUGGACCAAGCUACAAGCUUAUCUGAAAAGCCCUGUGUUGUACAUUUGAAGGGCAUUGCUAGACAGACAACUGCGGCAACCUUGAAAGAAAUUUUAGGUGGACGCGACUAUGUAAUUGCAGUAAAUGUGUUUUCACCUGACGGAGAUUUUUCCAAAGGAAUAUCUGUGUUUCGAAAUGAGAAGCUUGCGCAAGAUGCUAUACGGCGCCUAUCUAUUCAACCGGUGGAUGGAAAAUACAUAUCAGCUUCCGUUGGAAAAGCAGAAGCAAGCGAAGAUUCAAUAUUUUCUACGCAACGAAAAGAACUUGAGAAAAGGAAAGAGGAAGAGAAAAACGAUACGUCAGUAGAGCAUCUAUCGACCCUAAACAGGGCUAAAUUGGAAUGGCUGUUGACGCGCAUGAGUUGUGAAAAAGGAUCUAUAGCAAAUGUUUCAUGCUUUGCCAUCGAUCACGUUGAUAAGUACAAAGAGGUUUCUGAAACGAUUGUGCAAGAGUUAUUGAAAAACGAUGAAGUUAACGAGGAAAGGAUAAACGAUCAAUCUAUUUUGGAAAAGGGGGACAGGAAAUUGGGAUUACUGUACGUAAUGAAUGACCUGCUGUUCAACGGGAUAUCUGGAGUGUCGCUAGUUUGGCGGUAUCGAGUUGGUUUGGAACCGUUUAUACGUUCCGUUUUUGAACAUUUAUACGCUUUUAGUCGACAGCUGGGAGGUCGCAUAAAGAUGGACAUGUUUUGUAAAAAGGUUGCACAAGUCAUUGACGUUUGGCGAGUGUGGGUAGCUUUUCCGGAAGAAAUUUUAGAUUCAGCAUGGCAAAUGUUCAAGAGCAAGGAGAUUGCAGCAUCUAUUAGAGCAUUCACCCGAACACCAACUGCCGUUGCUCACGAAAAUCGGUGGGCAACAGCCGCAGCUGAAAUGGAAGUCGAUCAAGAUGAUCAAGAAUACAACGGGACUCCUGUGAAUGUUUCGGAGCUUUUACUAGAGAAAGAAAAGCAGUAUCAUCAGCAAGAGCACGAACAACAGGACCAGCAUCAGGAUGCUACUUCGUCAAAGUCUUCAACUCCCGUUACUUCUUCCUCUAGUCCCGAAAAGCCUGACAAUGUGAAAUCGAAAUUUAAGCCCAGCUUUACUAGAGGUACAUUCGUGUCCCGAAAGAUGCGAAUGCAUGCUGAAGAUUUGUUUUGA